AUGUCCAAGAGGUCAUUGACAGUCACAGAGCAGAAGCUGAAAACAUCUGUUCACGACCGAACGCUGGACCCAGCCGACGCGCUCCGCGGGCGGCGCGGGUGCGAGCGCCCCGCGGCGCGGCCCCGGAAGAGGCACGCGCGCUGCGCGGGUGGCGUCGCGCGGCCAAAGAUGGCCUCCAAGCUUCGGGCAGAGCCCGUGUCGAUCCGGUCGAUCCGCUGCUCUCUGUCGACUCGCCCCCGCGUCGGCGCCUUGUGGUCGGUGAUGGCGUCAUACUCGUUGGUGCCCUGUUGCUUGGUGCUCUGCGCGCGGAAGGGGCUCGCCUUCUGCGCCGCGGUCGGCGGCCGCUCCAGCGCCGCCCCUGGGCCUGCCUCCGCCGGCGGCCGCCGCCUCGCGGCCGCGGCGGCCGCUCGCGCGCCCGUGCCCUGCUGGGCCACGAGCAGGGCACGGGAGUGCGAGGUCAUCCACCUGCCGCCCGAGUCCGUCGACUGGAUCGCGGGGGAGGACGACCGGGAGUUGAUGCGGUUGCAGUCCGCGGGGGCGGUGGUCAGUUUGGACCGCUCCAUGGCGACCAUGUGGUGUUGCGGCAACCCCAGGUCUGUGGAGCAGGUCCGCAACCGAAUCCGCAACUCGCUGAAUCGGUGGGAGCGGGAGCGCGUCUGCAUAACGCUGCAGUCCAAGAGCCAGGCGCUCGCCGUGAUAGGCAGCGGGGGCUCGACGAUCCGCGAGCUGCAGAGCUCCACCCAGACGAGGAUAGCGGUGGACACGGACAACCUCACCAUCGUGAUCGCGGGGCGGGAGGAGAGCGUGCGGGACGCCAAGGCCCGCGUCAUGGCGCUCAUCGGCGGCGCCGGGGGCGGCAAGGGCGGCGGCGGCGGGGGAGGCUUCGCCUGCUUCAACUGCGGCGAGGAGGGCCACCGGGCGAGCGAGUGUCCGAACCCGCCCAGCGGCGGCGGCAAGGGCGGCAAGAGCGGCAAGGGCAGGGGCGGCGGCUUCCGAGACGAGGACAGGGGCAGCGGCUUCAGAGACGAGGGCGCCGCUGGCUGCCCCGGAGGCUGGGACGGCCCAGGAGGCGGCGGCCAAGGCCGAGGCGGCUGCGGCCCUGGCGGCGGCGGCGCCGCCUGGGCCAGCCCAGACGCCGCUGGCCCCGGCGGCGCUGGCGGCGGCGCGGACUGGGGCGGCCCCGCCCCGUGGCCGCCGCCUGUGCCCGAGCCAGCGCCAGCACCGGCGCC